CAUCUACAUAUUUUUCUUAUAAAAAUGAGUAGCACCUGUCUUUUUUGAAAUCUACUUUUUGACGUUUUGGAAGAAAAGAAUUCUUUCAGAAAAAAAAGUAUUUUAAAAUGUUUGUUCGAAAUAAAAUAUCGAGAUGCAAUCGUGGAAUCGUUUUGGAUGGAAGGACGUCAAAAUGCCCUCGCCCGAACAGCCAAAAAGUUUUUGUGGUGUGGAGCCUGGAGCGAAAAUCGGAGCUAAAUCAUCAAUUAUCUUGGGUUCGGUGGUUGGCGAUGGUUGUGUUAUUCCACAGAAGUCGAAUAUAGAGAAAGUUCUUGUUAAAAAAGCUCAUGGGGAAAAUGAUGAAACAGAAAAAAUCGGAGACAAAGUUUACAUCCUCAACAACGACACAGAAGAGCUCUUCGCAUCCGAUUCAGAAGAUGAAUUACCAACGCAAUCGACAAAAACAGAAAUUCCAAAAAUGAUGAGACUAUCACAUCUAAUCAAUGCGGACGAAAGCCAUUACAAUUCAACAACCAGUGACGAAGAUGAUGAUUCACACCAAGGCUCUCCAAUACCUGAUGAUGCAAGUAGUAAUCACCUUGUACCAAUAGAAACUAUAUUCCUGCUAAUCAUAGCGUGGCUCCUUUCUUGCAUGCACCUCAUCUACAGUAUUUUUAUCCGAAGUCUUGGACUCUUUGGCACGUGGAAUUCAACUCAAAUCCAAUCCGGAUUUCUUGAUUCUUGAAAUCAACUCAUCUCGCUAUGUCUACAAUAUGUCUUUAAAGGAAGUAAAUUUCAGUAUCGUCAAAGCGGUAUUCAGUUUAGAUCCAAUUAAAGAGGCAACAACAACAAAUGUCUUAAGUGCCAUCAAUCAGGUAUUGAGUCGCUUGGGUAUGGUUGUUUCAAAUUAUAUAAAAAGCGAUGAUUCUAUGUUGGAUUGUUUGAAGGCAAUUCAGGAAUACUGUGAAGAACAACCAGCUCUGAGAGCCAAGGUUGCCCAGAUUAUUCAUUAUCUCUAUGAUAAGGAAUUUGUGUCUGAAGAAGCUAUCCGCAUGUGGCACAAUGAGUUGGAUGAUGAUUCAGAGUGGUUGAAAGCACCAUUGCAGAAACUCAUAGAAUGGCUAGGUCAAUCCAGCGAAGGCAGCAGUGAAGAAGAAAACGACGAUUAAAUACUUUUUCUUUUCUUCUUAACUUAAUGAUUCUUCAAUAAAAAAAAACUUUAAAAAACUGCCUCUUUGGGGAUAGAAAAAAAAAUAUGUUUAAUUCAAUAGAAAAUUUGAAUAUACAACAAAAGUA